UGCUGUUUUCUUAUCAAACACGCGUCAUUCAUAUUUCCCGGCAUGCCCUGCGAGUGAGCAGCCCUUCAGACGCAAAGGACACUGAGCGAUCAUAGCGGAAUUUCUCUGAGAAAGAAAUCCAGCAGCUUGAAGAUGUCGGACCAGAUCGACGAGAAGAUCAAGAACUACAGGACGGCUCCGUUCGACGCCCGCUUCCCCAACACCAACCAGACCCGCAACUGUUUCCAGAACUACCUGGAUUUCCACAGAUGUAACAAAGCUCUGUCUGCCAAAGACCAGGACACGGCCCCCUGUGAUUGGUACCAGAGGGUCUACAAGAGCCUCUGCCCCAUGAGCUGGGUUCAGAAAUGGGACGAGCAGUUGGAGGCGGGAACUUUUCCCGGAAAGAUCUGAACGGCCACAUUCCUCUCUCUGAAUCUCGGUAUCCUAAUGUGAAACAUCUGCUCUCUCUGUACAGAAGCAACUAAAUAAAUUAUACAAUGUUACUGUGAACCUU